GGCUCGUAUUCGUGCACUUACUUUAUUGCAACGCUUCAACUGAAACAUUCCUGAAAUCUAAAGUGUUGCAAUAAACACUUCUGUUUUUUAUUAUUUGCAGAAUGACAUUGCAAAAUGUUGCUAUUUAAAAUCUGAAAGCAUAAUUUUGGCUCUGAGUCUGUUUCUUUGGUUUCCUCUUUCCUUGUGUUUGGGUCAAAGGUCAACCAAAUCACAACAGUGUGUGUAUAGCAUAAACCAUGUGGUUUAUGAUUAUUUUUCUCCAAAGGACUUCUUGAUUCUCUCUGCGUGGCUGAUGUGAGAUGACUUUAAAGUCAUUUUUGGUCUUUGAGGUGUGCUUUGGUUCAUUAUGAACUUCUCCACAAACCGGAGGUUGGAGCGUGACUUUGAAGAAAGGAGCACUGCUCAUCCUUCAUUUUUUAAGCUACCCAAAAACUUUCUUCCUAUUUUUUUCUCAUUUCUUUUUAUUGUUUUGGCGGCUGAAUUUUGCUACGUGACUCCCUGCAAUAUCCUUUUUCUGGUGUGUUAUGAUUUGUAACCUGUGGCUGAGAAACGCCUCGGUCUUCCCCCAAAGAGUUGGAGGAAGUAGGUGGAGGAGUGAAGGGCAAGAUGCGGGGCCCUGCGAUGAAUUAAAGGUGUGGUCUCUGUGUGGAGCUUUCAAAAGAAAUCUGCAGUUCGUUUCAAGACAGAAGGACUGUGAAGACUGUGAGACACCGGCAGCGAUGCUUUCAAGUAGACUUCAGCUCUCCAGCAUACAGGACUUGAUGUGCAAUGUGUCCCACGGUGGUGGCACAGCCAAAUACAACAUCCUGAAGUUUGUUGAUUUCAUGGAUGCAAACAGAUCCAAGCUCGAGUUCUCCUGGAUCACUGCAGACAAAAGUGUCCUCGCAAACCACCUGGACCACGCGAAGCAGGUGAUAAGUAGCAGCUGCGACACUCUCGUCACCUCAAGCUGCUACCCAAACGUUGUCUAUGAAGGACAUGUCGUCUUAGAGGGGACGGUUCGAGAUUACACAGCCAAUUGCACAACUACCUGCCCUGCAAAAGGUCUGUUUGAUGGAAAAGGGGAGUCUUGCUUGACUGAAAUCCCUUCUUUCAUGAUUGGUGUCAUGGUUAUCCUGAUGGUCCUAGUGCUGGCAGGCCUCAUGGUGUGCCUCGUGCGCUCUAGAAGAAACAAUGGUGCGCCCAUGAUGCAAGACUCCGCACUGCAGAGGAAAGUCCGAAUACCAGCUGAUGUGGAGACGGGAAAUCCGGAGAGCAGCGUGUAAAAGUUUCUCUGCACAUGCUGGAUUCAAACUUUGUGUUGAUGCCUCUGCAGUAUUUUAUUAACGAUAUUCGUCCGUUAUAUAUCUUUGUUUUUCUGUGUUUUUGUCAGGCAGUUACAGAAACACAGCAGAGUUUCCACUCAGGACCCCCAGUAUAAUAAAUACGCUUGAAUAAUAAAGUCAUUGUUUUAGUGCAUUAAUCUGUAAAAUGUGUCCACCGGGUCAGUAGAUCAGAGCUGUAAUGGCCCUGACAAAGGCCACUUUCAUGACUUCAUGGGCUAUUCUGCUACUACAGGGUUACCAAGUAAGAGUAUGUCAUAAUUUAUUAGAGGAUUUAAAUUUUUAUGAGAAAAAAAUCAGCAACUUAAGCUUUAAAAUCAGUGGAUUGAGUGAAUGCUGUGUGCCUCUUUAGACUGACCUCCGCCUGCUGCAGGUACCGGUACUAGAAAGAAGGAGCCUGCAGCAGUUUACAAGAAAACCCUGACAAAUUUAAAGUUGCAGCACUUUAUCUGUAGAUGCACUUGGAUCCCAAUGGGAGCAGCUGAAGACAUGAUUUUUCUUCACUUUUAAACUAUGCAUGCAGACGGUUUGAUGAAGGGCUUUUAUUCGGAUUUUAAUGUGAAAUUUACGAUGGCCCAGAGAGAUCAAAUCCACUGGAACUUGGAGAAACAUCCACAAGUAGAAACACAAUCACCACAUAAUUGAUGUGAGAUUGUAGAUAAAUGUGUACUAUUAGCUGUUUGCUCUCCGUUUGUCACUUCCACAGCUGCUCCGUCACAUUAUUGUCUCACUUCCUUGUUUUCCAAAGUUGCAGUGCGUUUGACCUCUCAGGGCCUCCGUGGAAAAGUUUGUAAGAAGAGACUCCUCACUAGUGAGGGUCAAUUUCAAGCUGGUUUGCUUUGUAGAUGAAAUGUGUAUUUAACCCAGCUGUAUCGCAGUGUGAUUUCCUUUUGUUUAAAAUCAAUAAAAUCUUCUGUUUGUGAUCAUGAUUUUGUCUUUAUCGUGUGUUGUGGGUGCAACUUCUUUCUUUUUUUCACAUCUUUCAGGGACAGAAGCUUUUCAGAUGAGAGGGAAAAUUUGGUUCAAUUUUAUUUUAUUUAUUUAGU